AUGCCUUCGUUAGAUUCAUUGCCACCUCCGGCAACAAUUGCUUCCCUUAAUAUUAACAACAACAAUAGUAAUUAUUAUAGUAACAAUCGUUGGUCUAAAUUACCAAAAAGUCCCAAUGCUAGAAUGGAAUUAAUUACAAAAUCGAGGAAUUUUAAUGUUAAUAAAGCUGAGAGUUUGGACAGCAAUUCUAUAAACGUUGCAGUGAAUCAACAACAACUUCCCCGUGUUCUUUUAAGGAGGAAUGAUUAUUCAGACAUAGGUGAACUUUUAGGCCAAGAACAAUUAACAGGAAGUAGUCAAGUAUUGUGUCAUUAUCGAAAUAUCUCAACUUUAUCAACAACGUCCUCAGCACUUCGCCCAAUUUCUUUACUUUGUCAAUUAGGUUGUUGUCAACAUAUUCUGGGUGGUUGUUGUACUUUAGAAGAUAAUAAUGGACAUUCUUCCUCUUCUUCUUCCUCCUCUUCUUCCUUUUCUUCAUCCCCUCCUUCAUCAUCUCCUACACAAUCAUUAGUUAGUUAUCAUUGGGCAAUAGCUCUUUUAUGUGCUUUUAUUAUUUGUGUUUUUGCCUCAACAUUGGCAAUGCUAGUUCUUUAUUGGACAAAUAGAAGGAGAAAUGCUCAUUCACGUCGCCAAAUAAUGUUAUCAGAAAAAUAUUCACUAGGAAUUAUUGGUAGUUCAACAGCAUCGCAACAAAGUAGUGGAACAUGUCCGGGAAGUAGUUAUGGAACCCCUUCAUUAAUUGAAUCCACUACAGCUAAUGGACACAUUCCGUUGCAUUUUUAUAAUAAUCAUCAACAACAAAAUAAAUACUUUCGUAAUUUAUAUACACCAACAUCUCCCCCUUCCUCCAAUAUUUCUCCUUCAACAGAACGUCAUCGUUCUGUUGGCGGUUAUUUAAUUGCUGAACCUCCACAACAUUUACUUAAACCCUAUCAAUCUGGCAAAUGCCUUCCUCGGCAUAGAGAUGGAGGUUUUUCUAUAUCACCUCCAAUAAUUGAUACAUCAACAGCUAAUUAUGCAUAUAACCCUCCAGAUGAAAUUUAUUUUAGAUCAUCUUUUUAA